AGUUUGUAAACAAAGUUAGGUAAUGUUAGGUAGAUAAGUCUGUUGAAUUAUUUCAUUCGCCUAUUCAAUCGCUUCCAUAAGUCGUAACUCGAAGGACUGGUUUUAGUAAACGCAAGAAGCAUAACAGCUAUCGGACGUUGAAAAAGCAAACAAACUAAUUUCUUCUUUCAGAGGUAUGUCCGCAGCUCUUUAUAAUCAUGAGAUUGUCUCGUUUCUGGUUGUGUUUAUCUGCAUUGGACUGACAUGUAGCACCAAAUACACGCCAGACUGGGCAUCUCUGGACUCCAGGCCUCUUCCAACUUGGUAUGACGAGUCGAAGAUCGGGAUCUUCAUUCAUUGGGGAGUGUUUUCCGUUCCCAGCUUUACCAAUGAAUGGUUCUGGUACGACUGGAAGACUUUCAAGAAUCCAUCUGUUAUAAAUUUUAUGAAGAACAACUACCCACCAGAUUUCACGUAUGCUGAUUUUGCACCAAAAUUUACAGCUGAAUUUUACAAUCCUGAACAAUGGGCUGACAUUUUCAGUGCAUCCGGUGCUAAGUAUGUUGUUUUGGUCACCAAGCACCAUGAAGGUUUUACCAACUGGCCAUCCAAGGUCUCAUGGAACUGGAACGCCAUGGAUGUUGGACCUAAACGGGAUCUUGUCGGUGAAUUGGCUACAGCAGUCAGGAAGAAGCCGGGCAUGCACUUUGGGACAUAUCAUUCCCUUUUUGAGUUCUAUCACCCGCUAUACCUCCAGGAUAAAGCCAAUGGGUACAGGACACAGGACUUUGUACGGGACAAGACCAUGCCAGAGCUGUAUGAGCUGGUCAAUGAGUACAAACCAGAGGUGAUAUGGUCAGAUGGGGAUUGGGAGGCACCAGACACCUACUGGAAUGCCACAGAAUUCCUUGCCUGGCUCUACAAUGAAAGCCCUGUGAAGGACACAGUAUUGGUAAAUGAUCGAUGGGGCAGUAAUACUAGAUGUCUUCAUGGUGGAUUUUGGAAUUGCCAUGACAAGUACAACCCAGGAGUUGUCCAAAAGCAUAAAUGGGAGAAUGCAAUGACACUAGACAAAGGAUCUUGGGGAUAUAGACGGACAAGUAAACUAAGUGAUUACCUGACCAUGGAUGAACUGAUAAAAACCAUUGCUUCAACUGUAAGUUGUGGUGGUAAUGUCCUGAUCAACAUUGGCCCUACCCAUGAUGGACGUGUGAUUCCUAUUUUUGAGGAACGACUUAGACAGAUGGGAAAGUGGCUGGAUGUUAAUGGUGAGGCUAUCUACUCUUCGAUACCCUGGACUCACCAGAAUGACACCAUCACACCAGAUGUCUGGUACACUUCAAAGAAGACUGUGAAUGGGACAGAUGUGUAUGCUAUAGUACUGGACUGGCCUAGAAACAACAAGCUGAUCUUGGGAUCACCUAAUGUGAGCUCUGAAACAGUCGUGUCUCUGAUGGGGUACCCGAACAAGCUCAAUUGGGUACCAGGAACUCAAUCUGGAGUUGAAAUACAGAUCCCUGACAUUCCAUACAAUAAGAUGCCAUGUCAGUGGGCAUGGGUCUUUAAAUUCUCAAACCUUAGCUAAGAUUAAAGUGUUAAGAAUACCUACUUACAUAUUUUCAACAUGUACCAUCUUGUUUUAGUAUUUACUGAAAACAAAUUUCAGAGUUGCUUUCAUUUGAUUUAGACCCUCUUUUUUACAGGCAAGUUCAAGUGAACUGGGGAUGAGAUAGGGGUUUUCCCAACCAUUAUCUAACUUAUCAGAUGCAUGAGUAUUUUCCUCUCUUCCCAGUGCCUUGCUCUCCUUAACUCCACUCUUGGGAUUAUUGGUGUUACAUCAUUGUUAUUGAAGGGGAAUCCCUCUAUCUCAACCACACACAAAAAAGCCUUACAUUGUAAAUGUAUAAAACCUGUCAAGGGUAAAAGAAAUUUCAUUGAUCAUUCCUAUAUUGACACCUGAAUUCACUACCCAUCAUGUCAGACUUAUUUUAAUGGUUCUGUUCAAUCUAUGAGCUGUAUGUCUGGGAGAUAUAAAGCUUGUGUACAUUCCUUCAUGCAUGUGUGUGAGAAUGAAGUAGUUUUUGCCAAUUCUCUAGUACCUGGUAACCUUUGUGUAAGUGAGUAUUCCAGUAAUCUCAAUAAACUUGUGUAUUGUGGAAUGUCAGAAUUAGAGGGGGUGAAAGAUGGUGAUUCAAUAAUCUUUAUACAUAAAAUGCACAUACGACAUUGAUUCUGUAAGCAUUCUUAUGUUAGUUAUGUUUUAGUAGAUAGAUCUGUGUAUUGUAUAAUUAUUCUGUAGUCUUCUUUUUUUGUGUAAUGUACAUUGUUUAUUAUAUGCCAGAUAUAGCUUGUUCAGUAUUUUUAAAAAUUCAUUUACAAAUAUCUGAAAAAUAUUGUUAAAUAAAUUAUAAGUAUUUAUUCAUGCAUUUUAACAAAAGUCAUACUGUUAGCUGAUAAUCAUUAUAUAAAGACCUUGCUGUAAUAGGACCUGAAGAAAGACAAUCUUUUAUACAUUUGAUGUGUUUUAUGUGGAAAUUGAUAUAUUUUCAAAGAUUUUUAUCUUUCGUUUAUAGACACCUUGUUUUAUCUUCUGUUUAUCAUGUACAUUUAAUUCUACUUAUACCCUUUUUAAUUAUUGUUGGCUUGAAUUCUUUUUGGGGACAAUUACAUAAUGUGAUAUGAUCUAGCAGUUUUAAUGUGUACGAAAGUCGACCCAUUGAGGUUCUUGUUGAUAUGUAUAUUGUUUUGAAAUAACAGCUGAACUUCACUGGUCACUCUUUAAGUGUCCUCUGGAGUAAAUUUGCUCUUUUUAGUUUAUGUAGGUAUAUUUCAGUAGUCCUACUGAAUAAGUGGUUUAGAGCAGUAGAAAAUGCAAUAUUUCUUCAGAAGCGCCAUUAUAGCCAUACAUUGACCAUGUUUACUCCAUGAGCGCAACUUUCAGACAUUUCAGACUUUCAUGAAAUAUCAGUAGAUGUUUACUUUCUAUACUUGUACAUGAUUUGAAUAUCCUAAUAAAACUCAUUCACUGCAGGAAUUGUAAGGGUUUUUUUCCCAUUUCAACAAUUACUGUAGUACAUUAAGUACA